CGGAGUUUCGAACAUCCAUCCAGCCAGCAACAAACCGCCAAAAUGGGUCGCGUCCGUACCAAGACAGUCAAGCGUUCCGCUAAGGUCAUCAUCGAGCGUUACUACCCCAAGUUGACGCUCGACUUCGAGACCAACAAGCGCAUUUGCGAUGAGAUUGCCAUCAUUGCCUCCAAGCGUCUCCGCAACAAGAUUGCUGGUUACACCACCCACCUUAUGAAGCGUAUCCAGCGUGGCCCUGUCCGCGGUAUCUCCUUCAAGCUUCAGGAGGAGGAGCGUGAGCGCAAGGAUCAGUACGUUCCUGAGGUCUCUGCUCUGGAUGUCUCCCAGACCGAGUCCGGCCAGCUCGAUGUCGACGCCGACACCAAGGAUCUCCUCAAGAGCCUGGGUUUCGACAACCUCAAGGUCAACGUCGUCAACGUCACCCAGCAGCAGGUCCAGGAGCGCCCCCGUCGCUACCGGUAA